AUGAAUUUCAGGUGUUGGGAAGAUGGUCUGCACAUCGUCACUGCCCAUGAUCCUGGGGAGUAUAUUUAUCGUCCUGUUUUUGAUGACUCAGGGACAACAAACCUGUUUGCUCGGUUUGUUCCCGGCAAUAAGAAUCUCUUCAACGCCAUACCUAAGGUCGAAGAUUGGAAUUGGUGCUUGGAUCAUGGACUUGUUCACCCUGAUAUACUUUUGAAAGGGUUGGUUAACGCUUGUCUUUCCAUCGAAUACGGUAUGCAACCGGUACUAUGUGCCAUCACUGCUGCAGUCUCAGUCUAUGCCACUCUUCCUAAUGCAACCGUUCAUUCCGGCGUUCUUAGACGCCCGUUGAAAGCAACACAUUGGGCUCAGAAAGAUGCAGUGGAAUUUCUUCAACAUGAAGAUGUAGUCUCGAUGAUAUCGUACAUGGAAACUGGUAUCCACGAUAUUGAUCCUCAGGUACUCCAUAACGUUAUAGCCUUUUCGUAUGCAGACUCUAUCUUUGUCUCCAACGCUUUGAUCCAAAAUCCAUACGAAACUCUAUCGCCACGACAAACUCCCCAAUUCCAGAGAAUUCUUGGAAACAUCGGCAAACCAGGACUCAACUUUUUCUUACCUCCACAAGAACCCAUAAUGCGAGAAAUUGACCCCGGAAGUUGGAAAAUUGACUCCUAUCGUAGUUUCGAUGGCACUGCAUCUCAAUCAUUCGAAAAUACGUCGAUGCCUCUGUCAUUCACUGAUUACCAUGUCCCUCACUUCGAUGGAGCACGAGGAGCAUAUGAUAGCCAGAUAUACUUCCUAGAGUCUAUCAUCUCUGUCCAAGACAAAGGCGAGUGGGUCGCUGACGUAGAUCCCUCGCAUCUGAUUGAUUGGUUAAUAUACGAUGACAGAAUGGCAUAUGAGGAUGAUACGAUGAAUAUCGAUGAUGAUAUACGAAUAGAAGAAGAAGAAAAGCCAUUUCUCCCAGUAUAUAGGCUCCAAGGUCAAGGUCUAUGUUAA